UCUCUUCUUCAUUGCAGUAAGAAUCACUCUUUCAUUUGGGUACACUCAACUUUUCAUUUUCGAUUGAAGCCAUAGAUGGGUGAUUGAAGAACUUCUUUACCAAUAACCUUCAACUUUCAAGUUUCUAACAAGGGUUUCUUAUGGAUCAUCAACUACAGUCCGAUAUUGAAUGUUUUAUCAUCCUUGAGGAGAUAUUGUGCCAACAAUUUCUUGUUAUGUUUAUUUUUCUUUUCAUGGUUAUUCAUGGUAUUUCUAUAAAAAGAAAUAGGCAUGUGAUUAGGUACCUUAUGAGUAGUCGAGUUCCUAAAAUUAUAUCUCAUUUAAAUUGUAUUGUACAAGAUAGUGACACAACAUGUAUUGAUAAGUUAAGGAUGGAUAGAAAUUCUUUUCACACUUUAGUUCUCUUAACUAAGGAAGUUGGAGGUCUGACUGAUAGCAAAUAUAUGUCAAGUAGUGAAAAGUUAGCAAUGUUUUUAAAUAUUUUGGCUCAUCAUGAGAAGAAUAGAUCCAUUAAGGUUGAUUAUAUUAGAUCAGGCUGGAGCGUAAGUCAAGCUUUCAAUGAAUGCUUGAAAGCUAUUCUAAAACUAGCUCCAUUGUUACUUGUUAACCCCAAACCGGUGCUUGAAGAUGAGCUUGACGAUCGAUGGAGAUGGUUUAAGGGAUGUCUAGGUGCAUUGGAUGGUACUUACAUUCAAAUUAGAGUUCCAUCUAAGGACAAACCAAGAUACAGGACAAGAAAGGGAGAAAUAGCAACUAAUGUACUAGGAGUUUGUGAUAAAAAUCUUAAUUUUACUUAUGUAUUACCUGGUUGGGAAGGAUCAGCGGCUGAUGCUCGUGUAUUACGAAAUGCUAUAGCUCGAACGAAUGAUUUGAAAAUUCCCGAGGGUAAUUAUUAUUUGUGCGACGGAGGAUAUACAAAUGGAAAUGGUUUUCUUUCACCUUACCGAGGAUAUAGAUAUUGGUUAAGGGAUUGGCAAGAUGAAAAUCCACCACCCUAA